AUGGACAACAGGGAGUUUUCUCUGAACUGCUCUUGGGUAGAGAACACAUCUCUUCCUGCCUACUCCUCAUCGUCCUCCUCCUCAUUCACUGGGUUGGAUAUCCUAUUUGACCUGAAGCCCCUAUUCAUCCCUCUCUACUCCAUGGUGAUCCUGGUCGCCUGCUCUGGCAACCUCCUGCUGGUCAUCCUCAUCGGGCUCAACAAGAAGAGACACAACACCACCAACUUCCUGAUCGGCAACUUGGCGCUAGUUGAUUUGGUCAUGUGCAUCUUCUGCGUGCCCCUGACGGCCUCCUAUGCCUUCGACAAGCGAGGGUGGCUCUUCGGACGCUUCAUGUGCCACUUUGUCACCUUGAUGCAGUCGGCGACGGUUUUCGCAGCCGUCUUGUCCCUCACAGCCAUUGCAGUGGACCGGUACGUCGUUGUGGCCUAUCCCAUUCGCAGGCGGGUGGGUUGCCAGUUCUGCUGGGGUUUGGUGGCUGUCAUCUGGUUGUGUAGCCUUGCGUUUUCCACUCCCACGGCUCUCCACACUGGCUACCUGGACCUGAGCGCCACCGGUCUCCACAUGGUCGUCUGUGAGGAGUUCUGGCAUGGCCAGGAGCGGGGACGCCUUGUCUACUCCUGCUUUGUCCUGCUCUUCUCUUACUUUGUGCCACUCGCCGCUGUGUCUGCAUCCUACCUCGCUAUCUCCUACCACUUGAGACAAAGGAACAUUUCUGGUUUGAUGGCGGCGGGUCCUGUCUCUAACCAAAUGAACUGGGGGCGAAAGAGAAGAAAGACGUUCUGCCUCCUCCUUGUGUCGGUGCUCUGCUUCGCCUUCUCCUGGCUCCCUCUUCAGGUGGUCAAUCUCAUCCGCGACCUGGAUACUGACUUCACCAUCCUGGGCAAGAGCCACGUCAACGUGAUCCAAGUGUCGUGCCACCUGUUAGCUAUGAGCUCGGCGUGCUACAACCCAUUUAUCUACGCGUCGCUCCACGACAAGUUCCUGUCCUGCCUGUGUCAUCGUGACCUCUUCCCCCGUCACAGAGGAGUGGGGGGUCGAGGGCCAAGGGGGAACAGCAGCAGCUUCAUGACAUCCCACCGACUGCACCGUGUGAACACCUUCUCCACCCUGGGUGACAUCCCGGUGGUUCUGGGGAACAAGAUGCCACAGGAGAGUUGGCCAUUACGACAGGCACAUAAGUCCUCAACCACUACAAUAAUUGACCAUAAUUACAUGUAG